AUAAAGCAAAUUGCAUUAAUCGCUAACGCGAAUGGUGAAUAUGUAACCGGGUAGCUUUAGGACCCAGGAGUUUAUAGGCAGCCAAUGGUUGACGUGCUGUUAUGAAUGCUGCCUGACACGCGCGCGACAUGCACGAGACGGACAGACACAAUUUUAUUGAGACUAUUUUGUGGAUACGAGAGAAGAGGACGAUUUCUGGUGUGGAGAAGAUUUUCGUCUACAUUUGACCAUGCCACAAUCAAGCAAGAGAUCCAUGGCAGCCAAGAAAAGGAUAUCUGCUCCAGAAGACCAAGGAUCCACUGUUAAGAUGCCGAGGAAGAAGAACUGGUGGAAAGGGCGUGAUCACUUGGCUGCUGCUCCAAUAUGUAGCGCCUUGUCUGAUUUUUCUCUAUCCACUGAUCCCCACUCUACCCCUUGCGAUAUCCCAUCUUCCUCUUCAUCCCCCACCCCAAGCUUCACCUACUCUGAUUUUCCUCCUCUUCCGACCUCUCGGUCAUCUAUCUUUAGGCCCUGUGAGUCUCUUUCACAGUCUGUGCCUGUUGUGAGCUGUGAUAAUGUAUCGCAGUCUCUUUCAAGGACCAGUGGAGCAUCGUUCACACUGCCUCUGCAAUCUAUAAGGUGUGCAGCCAUUGGGGCAUACUGUUCUCACGGUGAAACUCUCAGUAACCAAGAAAAAAAAAUUGAUACAAAACUGGCAAACUUUGGUACAAAACUGGCAAACUUUGGUACAAAACUGUGCAACGCUGCAAACUUUGAAAUGAAACUUGAUACAACUCUUGCAAACCUUGAAACAUACACUAUUGUAAUACCUGAAGAAAAGAAAACUAUCAAAAGUCAUUCAACAAACUCUGAUGAAUACAUGAACAGUGGUGAGCUGUCCAACACUGUGCCUCCAAGCUGUCAUAACAGGUAUAUACAAGGAUCUUUUCAUCAAGGACAUGUGAUGUUUGAAGAUAAUGCAGGUGUACAAUGUGUGGCAAACAGUUUAACAGCAAUGUUGAUGAAUAAACUGAAAGAUGUGUGCACGUGGCAAAGUAGUGACCUUGAUAAUAUUCUUGUGAAUGGAAACAUGCUUUAUACGUCAGUAAAGAACUGCAAUCAGGGAAACCAUACUCAUCUUUUGGUAAGUGAUUUGCCAAAGUCUCAUGUGUUGCAUAAUGUUGAUUUUACAAUUAAUCUUGGACAAGCGUUUAGUGGCAUAGUAGGAGUACAUGAAUAUGAUUUAGAGUUGGCAGAUAUGGCAAUAAGCCUUUAUGAAGCACUGCAGAGAGUAUUACUAGGAGAUGAAGCUGUUUUUUGA